AUGCCUCAAUUCAAGCUGAAAGAUGUAUCCUCUUUGUCACUACAGCCUGGUGACAAACGAGAGGUCGAAGUCGAGGGUGUUGAGGGCGGUAAAGUUCUUCUCCUCAAUGCCGGCGGCAAGAUCCAAGCCACGGGACCCAAGUGUACACAUUACGGUGCUCCUCUGGUAAAUGGUGUCUUAACUAAGGGCGGUCGAUUGACCUGCCCGUGGCACGGAGCUUGCUUUAACGGCCAGACCGGUGAUAUCGAGAACGCCCCUGCCUUAGACGCCCUCCCCGUCUUCAAAGUAGUUGAGAAGGAUGGUGCCGUGUAUAUCGAAGGCGAGGAGGCAACGAUCAAAGCCGCGAGACGGAAACCUAACUUUAAGUGUGGUACCAGCGGCGGGGCACAAGCUGAUAGAAUUGUCGUAGUUGGCGGCGGCAGCGGAGCAAUUGGUGCUAUUGAAGGUCUAAGGGAGAAGGGUUUCUCUGGUCCUAUUACUAUGAUAUCUAACGAAGGCUAUCUACCCAUCGAUCGAACUAAGCUAUCUAAAGCCUUAAUUACAGACCACACCAAGAUCCAGUGGAGGGACGAGGAGUGGUUCAAGUCAGGCUCAGUCGAAGUAAACAAGGAGAGGUUUGUAUACUCUAAGCUGGUUUUGGCUACUGGGGCUUCACCGCGGAAUCUGCCUGUGCAGGGAUUUAAAGUGCUCGAGAAUAUCUUCCUACUUAGGACAGUUCAUGACGCAAAGAAGAUUGUGGACGCCAUCGGUGAUAAAGGUAAAAAGAUUGUCGUUGUUGGUAGUAGCUUCAUUGGCAUGGAAGUGGCAAAUGCGACAGCUGCAGAAAACGAAGUGACGGUAGUUGGCCAAGAAAGCGUCCCACUAGAGAGAGUAUUGGGCAAGGAAGUUGGUGCCGGAUUACAGAAGUUAUUGGAAGAGAAAGGGGUCAAAUUCCAUAUGUCAGCAGGAGUGGACAAAGCUGAACCAUCUGGCUCGAGUCCAUCCAGAGUGGGCUCGGUGCAUUUGAAGGAUGGAACAAAACUCGAAGCCGAUCUGGUCGUGUUAGGUGUUGGUGUCGCACCGUCAACGGGAUAUCUUAGGGAGAAUAAGGGCAACUACACAAGAAUCGAACAUUGGAACGUGGCGCAGAAUCAGGGACGAGUUGUGGCACAUCAUAUCGUCAACCCGUCGUUGAAAUCAGACUUCUUCACCCCAAUUUUCUGGUCGGCUCUAACGGGACAAUUGCGAUAUUGCGGUAAUUCGAUGCAUGGGUGGGACGAGCUUGUCUUGCAGGGUAAUCCGGGAGAAGGCAAAUUUGUGGCAUAUUAUUGCAAAGGCGAGACUGUGGUAGCGAUGGCCAGCAUGGGAGUGGACCCAGCUAUGGCCAAGUCGGCGGAGCUUAUGAAGAUGGACGCUAUGCCGUCUAAGAAGGAGCUUAAGGGAGGGCUAGACAUUUUGACUGUUCCGCUACCGGCUUAG